ACACUUUUAGAACCAAUGGAAUGAGUGAGUGAGCGUGGUGGAAUGUCCGGCCCGGGAAGCUAGGGGUUAAUUUGAGACUAGUGAGAAAAGAAAAGCCGUUGCCAAUUAGAAACCAGUGAGCACCACAUGUUGGAGCGCAGAUAUCUCCACUAGGGGGCAGAGAGGGGUCGCAGAACGGCAGUGUUGGGGAGAGAGCGAAGGUUCUGCUCGAACUAACGGUUCCUUCAGACACAUGUACGGACGACUGGCAAUCUGAUUUUUUUUUUUUUUUUUUUUUUUAAAAAUUAAAAAAAAAUUGACGAAUCAAGCAAUCGAAACAUGGCGCCUACUACUUUGUUCUUUAUAUUUCUAGCGGUGUGCAGGCUCGGCACAGGAAGCGUUGGUGAGCUCUGCCGCGGGACCCAGUGUUUCUCGGGGCAGGAGUGGAGCAGACGCUGCGUCGGAGCGCACUGCCAGAGACGCGCGGAUCCAGCAGUGGCCCUACGACCGCCGCAGGCGCAGGCGCAGCAGCACCGCGUCUCCACUGCGGGGAAAGUCUCUCCGAGUUACCAGCGGGACGCUCACAGCUACGGUCAUCACCAACCGCAGAGCGCGCCGUUAGCGCCCUACAUCAUCCACGCACAACCGUCCGCCACGGACGGUAGCAGGAGGACGAACCCGAGGACCAUCACGGCGGAGGUUUUUCAUCCAGACUGCGCGGGAGGGACGUGUCCCACCACGGUGUCUCACCGCCAAAGUAGCGAUGACUGCAGAGGGAUUGGCUGCAAACUGCCUCCGCGAACGCCGCCCAAACCGGGCUCCUGCGUCGGAGACGGCUGCGCGGGGCUUGGCGGAGACGCCGCUAGGGGGCGAAGCUCCGGCCCUGUUCAUGUGACCGAGAGAGCCGCGCAAUCUCUGGACGAGUUCCCCGAUUUUGGAUCGGAGCGUGGGGCUUUUAUUCAACUGGCGUGCGACAUGAAGCCGGGGACCAACGAGGUUCCGUCGGAAGAUGCGCUUGUGCUGCAGCUGCAGCUUUCCAAGAGCCAGGAGACGCUGGUGGAGGCCCUCCGAAGCCAGCAGGUCGAAGUCAAGGAGCUACAGAGGCUCCUCGGCGAGCAGCACGGGACGCUGGUCAACCAGCAACGAGAAAUCCUGGACCAACAGAGGAGGAUGUUCGAACAGAUGGAGCAAGUAAGUCCACCGAGGUGACGUUUUCACGGCACUCUGUCCCCACCAAAAAAUAAAUCUUGUUAAACAUCAUCUGCGCACAAUGGGACCAUGUCCCCCCCUAGGGGGUGCGCCCCCCACGUUGAGAACCUCUGCAUUGUUUUACUACUAGUAGA